AUGUUUUGUUUAAUCUCUUCUUAUUUUAAUAUUUUUCUUUCAAUUUAUUUAUUAUUAAUAUUAAGUCAAAUCACUAGUGAAAUUGAACAAAUAGAAAGUAUUUCAACUCGAAGUACCAGAGCCGAAGGUAUUUUACUUUGUGGAAAAUUACCAAUAAAAGGUGCUUAUAUUCGUCUUUUUAAAAGUAAUUCUGACGAUUUAAAAGAUGUAUUAGCUACAGCCACAACUACUGAUGGAGGGAAAUAUAUAAUUGCGGGUAAUACAGCUAAUUAUCAGGGAACUGAAGCUAAUAUCGACCCUUUUUUAAGAAUUUAUCAUAAAUGUGAUGAUAAAGAAGGGAAGAAAGGUUAUCGUCAAAUAACUUUACGUUAUCCUAGAGAAUAUGUAACCCUUGGACGAGUCCCUCGCCGUCUUUAUAAUUUGGGAACAAUGAAUGUUCAAUUAGAAUAUCCGGGUGAAAAACGAAUUGACGAAUUAAAAGGAAUUUAAAGAAAAAUAAAGA